AUGUGGUUGACAUCAUUUCUAGCAUUACUUAUUUUUAUUGAAUGUGUUGCAGUUAUAUACGUGCCAUCAUAUGUAAAGAAAAAAUUAUCAAAAAUAAAAAAAAAUAAAUUUAUAAACAUGGAAAAUUUUGAAAACAUUGCAAGUGGAGCAAUAUUAGCUUUAGCUUUUAUACAUAUGCUACCAGAAGCUAUAAUUUUGUCAAACAAAAAAAAUAUUAAUUUAUAUAAUAUUUUCAUUUUAAUACUUGUAUCAGUAGCAUUUUUGAAUAUAACAGAUAUAUUGUAUGAUCAUAAUUUAGAAAAUAGCUUUGAUAUUAAUAGUACACAAGCGUAUGAAAAUCAAAACAGUUCUAUUAAAAAUACAAAUGAUAAAGAAAGUAACACAAAUUAUGUAGAUAGUAAUGCAAAUAAAGUUGUUGAUUUAGAAAUGAAAGCAUUAGAUGAUAAAGCUAGAGAUAAUGCAUGUAAAGGUAAUUUUUUUUUGGAUAUAUUUAAAUCGAACUCCUUUUUUAUUGUUUUAAGUCUUUUUAUUCAUUCCUUUAUAGAAGGUUUACUUAUGGGAAGUUUAAAAGAUAAAAAUGCUGUUGUAAUAGUUGGACUCUCAAUGCUAGCUCAUAAAUGGGCAGAAUGUUUAAUCAUAUAUAAAAAUGUUGUCAGCAAAAUUGAAAACAAAAUUUUAGCAACCAUAUAUGCUUGGUCUUUCAUAUCAUCUUUACCAUUAGGAGUAUUCAUUGCAUUAUUUUCUCUUCCAUCAAGCGAAUUAGUAGAAAUAAUUUUCAGUUCUAUUGCUUGUGGUUUUUUUAUGUACCUUUCCUUUAACAUGACUAAGGAUAUAAAAAUAACAAAAAAUAACAAGUAUUUUAUAUCUUUUAGCUAUUUCCUUGGAGUUUGUGGCAUGUCAGGACUGAUGCUAAUAUUUAACUCUUUUGAAAAUGACAAUUUAACCUAA